GAUGGGAGAGGAGUACUGAAGGUGCAGGGCAUUUUGGGAAGGAAAAUUUGAUUCCGGAUGGAGCCUUCUCCCCGGAAUCCAAAUACUACCUCCUUGUAGGUAAUCCAAUUCCGACAAUAUCAGGAAUUGAAUUCCUGAUUUUACGUGGGACCCACAAAACUGUUCAUUCCGCUUGAUUUGGUAAACGGAUGAAUAAUCAGGAAUGGGGAAUGAUUCCCAUUCCGCCAUAUCCUUCCCCGGUAUGUAAACACGCCAUUAUGAGCUUUCCUUGGAUUCCAAGUUUCAACAAACUUGGCGCUAUUGUGCGGAAAACGCCAUUGUUCGCGACUCUCUCUAUUUAAACGAACCCCGUCUUCCCAUUUGCCCCCAACAAUACCCGCCACAUCGCCGCCGCUUUCUCUCGCAAGCUCUCAGAAUGGCCCAGCAAGACGCGCAGAAAGGAAGCCACGAAGUCAGAGAGCCGACUCCCAAGAUCGCCAGGCUUCACGAAAACAGCGACGUUUCUGGAAACGCCGCCCCGUUUUUCCGGGUGAAGAAGCACUCCGAAAAGGCGGUUUUGCCCGCGAGAGGCUCGCCUCUCUCUGCAGGGUAUGAUCUCUCGAGCGCGACGGAGACGAAAGUUCCGGCCAGAGGAAAAGCCCUGGUCCCGACCGAUCUGAGCAUUGAGGUCCCUGAAGGAACCUAUGCACAUAUUGGGCCACGAUCGGGGCUGGCAUGCGACCACUCGAUCGUUGUCGGAGCUGAUGUCAUCGAUGCUGAUUACAGGGGUCCGGUUGGGGUUGUGCUCUUCAACUCUUCUGAUGUCGAUUUUGAGAUCAAGGAGGGUGAUAGGAUUGCUCAGCUGAUCAUUGGGAAGAGCAUCACCCCUGAUGUUGUGGAGGUUGAGGAUUUGGAUUCCACUGCCGGAGGUGCCGGAGGGUUCGGGCCUACCGGUGUUUAGACCGCCCUACCGGUGUUUAGGCUUCGCUGUGUUUUGGGAUUUGGGGACUUGGGGAACAAUGUAGUUGGGUAGUUUUGUUUCAGUCGUAGGUGGCCGGUCUACUCUCUUGUUAAUAUGUUAUGCAAAUAUAUUCAGUGAAUGAAUAACUGGUUUUAUUUUGUA